AUGAAUCUCCUUCUGAUCUUCGCUGUUUCUACUUUAAUCUUUUCUGCUCACUGUCAGUAUUCAAGUGGCGGAGGAGGUGGUGGUUACUCAGGUGGUGGAGGUGGUGGAGGAGAAGCUGCACCACCAUCUUCACCACCUGCCGAUGCAGCCCCUGCUCCACCACCAGCUCCGGAACCAGUUCCAGCUCCAGCUCCAGCUCCAGAAGCCGCACCUGUUGCACCAUCAGCUGACGCUGGAGGAUAUGCCGCUGCGGCUGCACCCGCCGGUGGCGGAUCUUAUCCAGCCAAGAAGAGAAGAGUAGCUCGUGAUUAUGCUGAAGGAGAAGCUGCUCCAGCUGCUCCAGCAGAACCCGCCCCAGCUCCAGCUCCAGCUCCAGCACCAGCACCCGAAGCGGCUCCAGCACCAGAACCAGCGCCAGCUCCAGCACCAGCACCAGCACCAGAAGCCGCUCCGGCUGCGGCACCAGAUGCCGCUCCAGCAGAACCAGCUCCAGUACCUGAGGUUGCUCCUGCCCCCGCACCUGCUCCAGCAGCCCCAGAAUCAGAUGCCAGUGGUUACUCCUCUGGUGCUGCUGCUCCAGCUGGAGGUGGUGGAUCUUAUCCAGCCAAGAAAAUGAUGCGCUUCUCCCGUCUCGUUUUUUGA